AUGGAAUUUCAAGGGGAAUCAAUUGAUAUGAUUGAAAGUGAUAAUGUGGGUCCUGGACAGGCUUUUGCUCAUUUUAUCGUUAUGGAAGAGUUAAUUGACAAAUUAACAAUAUUAAAUUACGAUCAGGAAUUCGUUAAAGAUUUAAAAAUGAAAUCGCUCAGUAGACAUUAUUUCGCUAUACAGACGAAUCCCGGAGAACAAUUUUACUUAUUUGCGUCAUUGGCGGGAUGGCUCAUUCGAAAGUGCGGGAAAUCUUUCGAGCAACCUCAGGAGUACGACGAUCCUAAUUCUAUAAUUUCAAAUAUAUUUGAUAUUCUUCGAAGUUUGAAUAUAAAUGUUAAUUUUCCCCCUAGUAGAAUAAAACAGGGUUUUGGGGAACAUGUAAUAUACAUAUUAGAUCAAUUAGCUGAUGAAGCAAUAAAAAUUUUAAAUAUUAAAUGGUCGCACCCAGAACUUGUAAAAGAAGUUGAAGAAGCUGUCGAAGAGAUUGAAGAUGAAGCCGAAUUAAUUCUUGAAAAAGUUGAAGAAGAAAUGGCUACCUUCUUUUGUGAUGAUGAUGAUGAUGAAAGUGCCAUUAAUCUUGAAGAUUUGAGAAAUAUUCAAAUUUUCAAAGAUUUUCAAGAGAAUCAGCAAAAACCUGAAGAAAUUUUAAAGUCGAAUGUUACUAGUGAAGAAUGGUUGGUCGAGUUGGAAAGAGUAUUACCUCAAUUAAAAGUUACCAUUAAGACAGAUUCCAGAGACUGGAGAAAUCAUUUAGAACAAAUGCAAAAAUUUAAUUCAAGCAUUGAAGAAGUAUUACCCGUUACCAAGUCUCAGUUAGAUAAAUUGCAUGGAGAUAUCACCAACUCGUUAGCUAAAAUAUCAACUCGAGAAAAACAUAUUAAUUCUCAAUUGGAGCCAUUAUUGAUUAACUUUAGAAAUAAUCAGGAUGAAUUAAGUAAACUUACAGAAUUAUAUAAAAAUGCAAAUGAAAAAAUGACAGAAAAGUCUAAAGUUUUAACUCAAAUCACAGAAGAAUUAGAGCACAUAAAAAAAGAAAUGGAAGAAAGAGGAGCAAGCAUGACAGAUGGUGCACCUUUAAUUAAUAUAAAAAAAGCAAUAGCAAAAAUUAAAAAUGAAAUCAUAGAGCUUGAUGUAAAAAUUGGUGUUUUCGAGAAUGAAAUUCUACAGCAAAAAUUAAAGGAUAAAACAUUUUAUCAACAAGACAUUGAUUCUCCUACUUUUAUAUUAUCAUAA